AUGAAACUUGACAUUUUUGAGCUGGGCUGCUCUUCAUCGACGAGUCAUGGACUCGCUGCUAAGAUUAUGGCAAGGACUGAUGAAAUUCAGGCUGCAGUGGUUUUGCAUCCCGGUCGCAUCACAGAAGAUGAAAUCAAAGAGGUCAAGUACCCAAUUUCAAUAUUGGGAGUCGAGAUUGACCAAGCAUCUCCACCUGAACAACUGAAACAGUUUGGGGAGAUUCUAUCAGCAAAACCCGAGAUCGACAGCUUUGUGAAAAUAUUCCCUGGGGUAUCUCAUGGAUGGUCGGUAAGAUAUGAUCUUGGUAAUGAAUCGGCCGUCAAGAGUGCUAAAGAGUCCCAUGGAGACAUGUUGAGCUGGUUUAAAAGGUACUUCAAGUGAAAAAAAUUUCAAAUAAUUCGAGGAAUGAUACUGCACUGUUCCAAGGACAAGCGUUGGGUUUUUGUGAGACAUCGGGGCAAUCUGUGCUUGUAGGGUUUUUGUUAGGCAUUUUAUAAGACAAUAAAUUCUCGCAUCUUCAAAGACUCCCUCUUUGGGGGGGGGGAAUUUUUUAAGCUUAUAAUGUGAUGGAUGCAGAUUAAAUUAAACAAAGAAAGAAGAUUUAUAAAGUGACUUAAGCUUAUAAUAUGAUAAAUGCAGAUUAAAUUAAACAAAGAAAAAAAGUUCCUAUCCAUUUAUGAUAGAGGUAUAGGUAUGACAAAGGAGGAGUGGAUCAAGAACUUGGGAACAAUAGCUAAAUCUGGAACUUCAGGUAUUUUAUUUUAUCAAUAAGGCUGAGUGUUUUACUGGUACAAUGUGAACUUCUUCCUUGUGGGUAGUUAAUAAUUAAUGGUCUGAAAUUGAUUUAUUUAUGAUUUUGUAGUAAUGCCAUGUUAUAGCUAUUCAUUAUUAAUAAGGUUGUCUUUG